AUGUCAGGUCAACAAAUAAAUUUUGACAAAUCGUCACUCCAAUUUGGUCAUAAAGUGGAUGCAGCGGUGAGAACUGAGGUUCAAGAGACUCUAGGAAUGGUGAAGUUAGGGGGGAUGGGUUCAUACCUCGGUUUACCGGAAAGUCUAGGAGGAGCUAAAACUCAGGUUUUUUCCUUUGUACGCGAUAGGCUAAAUACCCAUAUAAAUGGGUGGUCAGCCAAAUUACUAUCUAAAGGAGGCAAGGAAGUUAUGAUUAAGUCAGUGGCAUCAGCAUUGCCGACCUAUGUGAUGUCUUGUUUUCGUCUUCCCAAGUCGAUUACGUCUAAACUGACAAGUGCAGUGGCAAAGUUUUGGUGGAGUUCAAAUGGUUACUCUGGGGGAAUGCACUGGCGAGCAUGGGAUAAAUUGUGCUCUAGCAAGUGUAGUGGUGGGUUAGGCUUCCGCGAUGUAAAUGAUUUCUAUACAGCGCUGUUAGCAAAGCAGCUUUGGAGGUUGAUUGAUUACCCAAAUUCCCUGUUUGCAAAGGUGUUUAAGGGCAGUUACUAUAGGAAUGCAACUCCAAUGGAACAAGUCAAAUCGUAUUCCCCAUCGUAUGGAUGGAGGAGCAUGGUAUCAGCUAGAUCUCUGGUUAUGAAAGGGCUCAUUAAAAGAGUUGGGACAGAGGAUUCUAUAUCCGUUUGGACGGACCCUUGGAUUCCAGCUCAAUUGCCGAGACCAGCUAAGAGUUGCAUCUCUGUUUUGGCCAACUUGAGUCAACGGGGAAUUAAUUGUGAUACGCGAUGUGGACGAUGUGGUGACCCAAUGGAGACGGUCAAUCAUGUAAUUUUUGAUUGUCCACCAGCUCGGCAAACUUGGGCAUUAGCAAACGUCCCAGUAGGGCCUAUUGGGUUCCCUACGGCUUCUGUUUUUGCUAAUAUGGACUAUAUUUUGCGUAUACUAGUAAAGGAGGAGUAUAGGUUUUGUCCUUGGAUUUUGUGGUACAUCUGGAAGUCCAGAAAUGAUAUGGUUUUUGAUAAUCUAGAUAAAAACCCUUCAGAUGUCGUCCGGCUAGCUACAGAUGAAGCUCGUACUUGGUAUGAUGCACAAUUAGAUGACUCCAAUACUACGAGGGAGGGCCCCGUAGGUGAUAAUGUUAUGCCUGGGUUACCGAGUUCUAUACCUUCCAGGUUUUCGGGUUAUCGUUGUUUCAUUGACGGGUCUUGGAAGGCCACAGAUAUGUAUGCAGGUUUAGGAUGGUUUUGUCAGCAUGCACAUAAUUCUUCCACGACGAUGGGAGCUUCUAACCUACGAAGAAGUCUUUCCCCUCUUCAUUCGGAAGUAGAAGCUCUGGUGUGGGCGAUGCGAUGCAUGAUUGGCCAUGACUUCAGAGAAGUUGCUUUUCUUACCGACUGUUCGGACUUGGUGAAGAUGGUGUCUUCUCCUCACGAAUGGCCGGCUUUCUCUGUCUACCUGGAGGAUAUCAAGAAUGAUAGGGAAGAAUUCUCAUCUUUUUCUUUAUCUUUUAUUCCUAGAAAUCUGAAUGUAAAAGCGGAUUACUUGGCACGCAAAGCUCGUUCCAGUCCGCAUUUGAUUAAGUUUGUAAACAACUGUCCGUCAAGUUGGCUCAUUUGA